UUUGUGUGUGUGUGAGACAGAGAGAGUGUGCGUGUGCGUUUGCUCAUUUUCGUGGUUCAGCGUUAUGAACCAAUUCCGGGACAGAUCCAGGCAAAUGUAAAUGAGUCAGAGAUAUGCGCGGUUUUAUUACCCCUUACAGACGCCUGGUAUCCUCACUUUGUGAUUGACGACUUGUUUCGUUGUGGUCGAAAGUUUAGCGUUUGACAUCCGUUUGAUAUGAAGGUUGCAGGGAACGGAACUGACACGAUGUUAGAUAGCCUAUGAGGUGUGGGGUUUGGUUGUGCACAGAAAUUUCCACAAUUUGCUCGUGCAAAUGGGAACUGUUGUCAAUAUCAAUACCAGCACAUUUUGUUAUAUUAUAGUGUAUUGCUAAGUGCAUAUGUUUUCUGAAUGUUUUUUGACUGGGCUUAGAUGAUCAUUCUAUUCUAAGCUAACGCGAUCAGCGACGAGCACAUUUAAAUCAUUGGUUAGGUCUGCCUACAUUUCCAAAACGAAACAAAAGUUCGAAAGCAACGUCUGGUUCUCCACUUUGUUGUCCGCAACAUACAGGCUACGCUCACAGUAAGCUUAGACGUGUGAGUAGAGACUGGUCGUGAACAGGGACGUAGUCUUUGCCAGUUAUGCUUUCAGAAAAAAGCGACAUUAAUGUCACUCAUGUCCUCUUCCUUUCAUCUUAGCUUAGUAUGUGUUAUUAUUAAAUAAGAGCCUAUCCCGGUUCGAUUAAUGUCCUAUUGUAAACUGUCUGGCCUAUUUAGCUAGUUGGAGACGGCUUAUACUUCUAAGACAGCGUGUAAAUGCAUCUUUAGCUUAGGCUACUUGAUGUGCAGAAGGGUGGGCCUAUACCGUCAGCUUGACUUUUGGUAAACACUGAGUGGGUACGUUGGAUUGCUUUUAAAUGAUAGUGUAAUUCGCGUAUCUUUGGACGUGAUGGUAUUUCAGUUGCAUAACUUACUUCAAAAGGCAAAUAAACAAGUGGUAAAGGAAAACAACGUAACACUGUUCACGCAACUCUUUAAAUUGAUACCCUGAAGUGUGUUUUCCCUUGCCUCUGCUCUGCAGAGCGAGCAAAACUAUGUUGGUAAAAAAUUUGACACUUCUGUCCCUCCUGGCUUGCCAUAGAUAGGGAUUUCGCUACAUGCGGUGUAUCAGAAUUUUGGGUGAUCACAGACUCUGCCUAGCUGCCGACGAGGGUAUUUCAGGUCAAAUGACAGACUUUGCAGCGGCACCGUGCUAGAACUGAAGUUAAUUCACAAGAUGGUGAGGGUAUCAACAACUGCCCUGACUUUGUGUGUGUGAGGGGAGGAAGCAUCUCUCCUCGUGGUGUGCUGACCUGGAGGAUAGGAAGAUUCUUGGGUUCUGAGGAGCCGUGGAAGGACAGAAGAAUGAUGUCAAGGCCCUGAUCUCUACGGUACAGUAUGUCAGAGCAAGCAGACAAGUGCAGCCCGGGCUGGAAACACGAGGCCUUGCAGAAUGGGUACAUACCAAGUUACCUGGACAAGGACGAGCUGUGUGUAGUGUGUGGGGACAAGGCCACAGGCUACCACUACCGCUGCAUCACCUGUGAAGGCUGCAAGGGGUUCUUCCGGCGGACCAUCCAGAAGAACCUGAACCCCACAUACGCCUGUAAGUACGAGGCCAAGUGUGUCAUCGACAAGGUCACCCGCAACCAGUGCCAGGAAUGCCGCUUCAAGAAGUGCAUUGCCGUUGGCAUGGCAACGGACUUGGUUCUGGACGACAGCAAGCGUCUGGCGAAGCGGAAGCUGAUUGAGGACAACCGUGAGCGUCGGCGACGCGAGGAGCUGCAGAAGACGGUGUGGGACCGGCCCGAGCCCACCCCCGAGGAGUGGGAGCUCAUCCGUGUAGUCACAGAGGCGCACAUGGCAACCAACGCCCAGGGCAACCACUGGAAGACGAAGAGAAAGUUCCUGGUGGAAGAAGCUAUGCUACUUAAUGAAAUAACAUGUAAUUUAUUCUAUACUUCCGACCAGAAUGCAGUGGGGGUGAAAGACUCUAAGCCCGAAGACAUUGGCCAAGCGCCGGUGCUGAGUGCCACGGAGGGAAGCAAAGUGGACAUAGAGGCCUUCAGCCAGUUUACAAAAAUAAUCACCCCCGCCAUCACGCGCGUUGUGGACUUUGCCAAAAAGCUGCCUAUGUUCUGUGAGCUGCCUUGUGAGGACCAGAUUAUCCUGCUGAAAGGCUGCUGUAUGGAGAUCAUGUCUCUGCGGGCGGCCGUGCGCUACGACCCCGAGAGCGAGACGCUAACGCUGAACGGCGAAAUGGCGGUGACCCGCGGACAGCUCAAGAACGGCGGCCUGGGCGUGGUCUCUGACGCCAUCUUUGACCUGGGUGUGUCCCUCUCCUCUUUCAACCUGGACGACUCGGAAGUGGCUCUCCUGCAGGCCGUCAUCCUCCUCUCCUCCGAUCGUCCAGGCCUGACGAGUGUGGACCGCAUUGAGCGUUGCCAGGAGGGCUUCCUGCAGGCCUUUGAGCACUACAUCAACUACCGCAAGCACAAGGUGGCGCACUUCUGGCCCAAGCUGCUGAUGAAGGUGACGGACCUGCGCAUGAUCGGGGCCUGCCACGCCAGCCGCUUCCUGCACAUGAAGGUGGAGUGUCCCAACGAGCUCUUCCCCCCGCUCUUCCUGGAGGUGUUCGAGGACUGACACACACACCCAUACAUACAGGAGGAGGGAAGGUUUCUCUCCCCCCUUUCUUCCUGGAGGUGUUCCAAGACUGAUGGAAAAGACACACACAUAUACACACACACACACACACACACCUCCCAUUGGGCGCCAGGAGGAGAAGAGAGUGUGGGAGUAGGAGCGGAGGAUGCUGGGAGGUCUCUCAUGACACGUAGAACUCUGAACUCUGAACUCUUGCGGGCACUACUGACGAGUCGUUGUCAUUCCGUAGACACACAAGGAGAGUAGCCUUUCGUUUCAUUUCAUUUCGUUUUUGUUUUAUUCUCUUCUUUUUUUCUUUCCUCCUGGAUGGAACAAUUCCUCACAAUGCGGGUACAUGUGAAUAGCAUUGUUUGUUUGUUUGUCUGUUUAUUCGUUUGUUUAUUAGAUGGUUUGUUUAUUUUGUUUGUUUCUAAAUGUGUUUCUCACCUCUCAGUUACCGUAGCGCAUGUGACUCAUGUAUAUACACCUGUGCGAGUGAUGGAAGAUAAACACACACGUGUGUGUAUACACCUGUGCAAGUGAUGGAAGAUGAACACACACUUGUAUAUACACCUGUGCGAGUGAUGGAAGAUGAACACACACGUGGACGACAUGCCAGGCCAGGACUCAGCCACACCCACCGGACAGCUCACCUCAUCAUUGCAAUAUUUCCUAGCAGGUAGAACACAGUACUGAAACAGCCCAGCGGGGGAGAGGGCGCCAUCUAGUGGUCAUAGCUCUCCUCUGCGUCUAUGAACUGACCAGUCCGCUAAGGCAGCAAUUACCUCUUACCUUCACUGCACUCAGCACCCAAAUCUCCAAUCUCAGUCAGGGCAUUGGUCUGGAUGAUGUACUAGCGCACAUAUAACAGUGGCAUACUUCUCAUGAAACGACGCUGCAUAAGUCUAUGAGAAAACACACACACACACACACAAACGUUUUAAAUCUUUCAUUUCCCUGAAAGAUGGGGAUGGGAUCAAUCAGUUUAUCUUUUGUUAUCUUAUCUUAAAGCACACACACACACACACACACACACACACACGGCAAGACAAUCAGAGCCACUUGUGCUGUAUCCUCAUGGAGCUCCGCUUGGGUGACUGGACAUCUCUGACUUCCUCCAGUGUUGCCAGCUCUAGUAGGUGCCAAAAAAAGAGAGGAGAAGAAAAGCGAGUGAAAACUCCUCCUCUUCCUCCUCCUCCUCCUCCUCACCCCUAAAGAUGCAUGCUCUGUCCAACCCUGCUUGCAUUCACCUAAAGCAUCUUCUCUCAUGCAGACAGGAAAACUAACAACUCACUGAGGUCGUUCUGUUUGUCCCUCUCUGGCUCCGUAGCCCUCCAUACAUCUCCAUGUACCAAGAUGGCUGGCAGGCCUCAAUAGGAACUCUUAAAAAUUCCAUGUGUCAUACAUACAUAUAUAUAUAUAUAUACAUAUAUAUAAACAUAUAUAUAUAUAUAUAUACAUAUAUAAAUGUAGAUUUUUUUUCUUAAUGUGUAAAAGCUGUUGUUUGAAAGACCAAGAAAAUGCUUCUGCUUGGACUUUGUUGGUGCUAUGAGUUUAAACUAUUCAUACCUCUGCCCAGCCACCUCAGAAUAAUCCCCACUGGCGGCCGGUUCUGGCCUGGGUCUGGACCGGUUCUGCCGAGUUUCCGGCCCUGUUUUGCUCCAGACUCGGUCUCUAUCGGGGAUCUGUUUUUUUUUUUUUUUUGGGACAAUCCCUACCUCGGGAUUCUGGUGACCAGCACACACACACACAGACACACAGACACACACACACAGACACACACACACACACACAUACAAGGGGUGAGGCCAUUUGGAAGUGAAGAUGGAGAGAAUGACCCUACUGCUUGGACACACCUGGCCCUUCUUCCUUCCGUUUCCACCUGAUGUUUGUCCUUGUUUGUUCGUUCAUUCGUUUCGUCUGUUUUUAGACAAAAAAAAAUCUCCAGCUGCAGAUCAUGUUAACGUUUGUUUAAAAAAAAGAAAAAAAAAUAGAGGUCAAAGGUGAAAUCUGCUCUACAUCAGGAAGAGAAAAGGUCCCUUUUGUGUCCCUUUUGUGAACACUUUUGCUCAAGCUUCACACUGCUCCACCACGAACAGCUUCUGUGUCUGUGUGUGUGUGAGUGUGUGUGUUUGUGUAUGUAUGUGUGUUCGUUCCUCCCCUGUAACGUGAUGCCUUUCGUAAGCAAUAGACUUGCUCCAGUGUUUUGUCAUAUCUAGGACUUCACACACAAACUGCACAGACAAUCAGAAAUGAUGUUGAGAGAGCACGAGAGCGACCGAGCAAGCGAGAGAGAAAGAGAGAGAAAGAGGGAGAGCACAAUUUUGAUACCUGAUUGAAUGGAUGUGGGUAUGAGCGGUCUACUUUCACAGAGGAAUGUAAUAGUCAUGGGAUGUGAAUGGCUGAAUCUUAAACCUAACUCAGUUUGAAGUGAAAAGACAAAACAAAAUUAAAAAAAAAGAUAUUUUACAGUA